AUGGCUGGAGGUGAUAUCCUGGUGGCGGACAGCGAAACGGUGCUGGUGGGCGUGUCGCAACGGACCAACGAGAAGGGGGCAGAUAAGCUGGCGAAAUUCCUCUUCGAAGAGACCCCAGUCCAGCGGGUAGUGAAGGUCUUUAUCCCGAAGCAGCGGGCCUUCAUGCACUUGGACACCCUGUUCACCUUCUUGGAUCGUGCCACGGUGGGGCCGGUGGGGCCAUACUUCUGGUCCAAACCGGAGAUCUAUGCAGAGGUGGCGCGUCGAGCCAACCUGCUCAAUGAGAAGAUGGGCAGCGACCAACGGCAGAACGUGGAGGCGCCACGCAUCGAGGUCGCGCGUGGUGUGGCUCUGAGCCGCUGGCUGCCAAUCUUUGAAGGCCAGGGUAUUGUGAAUCCUCAGGAGAUUGAAGACAAAACUUCCCACCAAAAAAUCCAACAUUUUGGCUACAGCGGCUACAUGAAUCACGUUCCAACCUUUCGUAGGGUCAUCCAGAGGAGAAACAUAGUCUUGUGCGAAGUUCGACGAGGCAACGUGUUGGACUUCAAUGCUUCAGCGGUUCCGCUGAACAAACAGAUUACUGCGAAUUCCAAAACUCACAACUGGGGGAAGAGCAUUGAACUCUUGGAUGAGGCUCUCCAGCAUGGCCAUGCUGUGAAUGUUGUUAGCUUCGGUGCAGCGUUGGCAGCGUGUGAUCGUGGUUCUUUUUGGCAGCAUGCUCUGCGUUUGUUUCGCUGUUUGGCAUCCCCCAUGGUAUCACCGUUUGCGACACCAAAUAACAUUACAUGGAAUGCCACAAUUAGUGCCUGUAGCCGUGCUAAGCAGUGGGAACGUGCUUGUGGAUUGCUUGCCCAAAUGACAGAAGCACAGUCCAAACCAGAUACAAUCACAAUAAAUUCCACAAUGAGAUCCUUGGGAGGAACGGGGAGCGGCUCAAGUCGCUGGCAGCUUGCAGUUAAGUUGUGUAGUCAACUCUGGCAGAAUCGGCUGCUUCCAAACCUAACAACCUGGAGCACUGUAACCAAUCUUUGUGCUCAGGGCAACGCCUGGCAUGUGAGUUUGUUUUUUCUGCAGCAGGCUUUGGCGCCUUUGGCGCAGAACGGGCAAGUGCGGCAAGACCAAAGCAGUGAUUGGUCAAGCAGUGACCCAUCAAACAGUUUGGAUGCGGCCUCGAUCACUUCAGUUUUGAUUGCUUGUGCUCGGAGUCGGAGAUGGCAACGCAGCAUGCAGCUUUUCUCGGAGGUGUUUUCUACCGGACGUGGCGGAUAUGGGGUGAAACCAGACCUUGCUUGCUUCAACGCAGCCAUGAGUGCUUGUGAAAGGGGUGGACAUUGGAGUGGUGCACUUCACUUGAUGCAUCAGAUGCAAAACACAUAUUUUUUGCAACCCGACUUGACCUCUGUGAACACUCUUCUAAGUGCCUCUGAGAAGGGAGCCAAAUGGCAAAUGUCUCUGAAUAUUUUUUCUCUCCACCUGCCUAGUGUGGUUUCUGGUUUGGCGGCAAAGCCGUCAUCAGAGGAUUUGACGGUGACCUACACCGCACUACUGUCAGCUUUCACUCGUGGUGCUGUUUGGCCAGUGGCCCUAAGCGUGUUGGACGACAUGCAGAAGAAACAAUUACAGCCUGGACCUCUGCAUUUCGGCUCCGUGUUGGAUGCAAUGCCUUCGAAACCAGGAAGUAGACCAAAAGCUACCGGGCGAUAUUUAGAGAAUGAAAUGAAGGUGGAGGAUCAACCGCGUGCAGAUGUUACAUCUAGAAUCAUCAACCUGCUGAACCUUUCAGUGUUCGAUGCCUUACAUCGCCGCCAAAGUAUGGAUCAAAACGUACCUCGUGAGCACUGUCAAGAGAUCACCAAGUACAUCGUUGCUGGGGUCGAGACGUUACUUCGCAAAGUCAGAUCAGAAGAGGUUGCUGAGACAUUGAAUCUAUUCAGGGAGGUCGUGUACCAACCUGUUCUGUUGUGUUUGUUGCUGUUAUCAAAGGCGGAAACUCAGGAAGACCGGACCUUGGCCUUGAAUAAUGUUAGGCUGGAAGAACAAUUCGGUUUGGGAUCUUUUUUCACAGCAGAGGCACUUCGUGAUCUCGGUUUUUCUGGUUCAGACCUUACUUGGCAGAAGAACGCCGAAUUAGCAGCUUUGCAUGCCCUACGCGAAAGGCUAUGGCUGAGAAGCUUGGAAAACAACUCCAAAAACAUGUUGGUUCCAUGGACCAAAACAACGAGAAUGAGUGCCAACUCGCUGCAGAGGCCAGAGAAAGCCUUGGCGCAACAGCUGGCAGUUUGGCUGGCCUAUGACCUGGUUGUUCCCAAAAUGGGUAGGGGGGAUAGCCACGAUGGUCGUGGGCAGGACCGACACUUCACCAUGGAAGGAAGACCUGGGUUUGCCUCAAAUCAAAAGCAUUUACCAACAGAUGAAGUGCCUUUGUUAAGCAUUUUUGUGGAACAUGAUCGGGGGAAUCAUGCAGAACGUUGGGCUUUGUUGUCUGUCAUUGCAGAUCUUCUGGCAGAAGGCUUACAGCCAUGCGAUUUUCAUUUAGUUCAAGGGACUGUUCAGUUGUAUGCGGUGCAUACUCCUUGCAUCUCCUGUUUGGCAGCAUUCUGUCAAUUUCAAAGUGCUUUCCCACAAGUCUCACUGGAGGUUGCGUUCAAGGACUGGUUUGCAUCAAGAGAGACCAUGCACCAACUGCAAUAGAGGAACAA